AUGGCACCGCGAGGAGAGGACCCUGCCCAAGUCAUCCGGUCAUGUGCAAAGACCCGACACUGGCAGGCAUGCAUUCAAACGCUGGCCAGCAUGCUGGUCCUCCACCUGGUUCCCAGCAUCUACAGCUUCACGGCAGCCGUCACGGCAUGCAGUACAGGUUGCAUGGGUCGUGGCGAUACAAGUUUUCCUCCCAGAUGCUGGCCGUGGGGCAUCUUGCCGGACACUGUUAGUUACAAUGCUGUUUUGAGCGCGGCAGAGCAUAGCAAGCAGUGGCUUAUCGUGUUUCCAGCUGCUGUCCUCGAUGCUGACAUCCGCAACAGAAGCCGAGCCCAUGAGAUCAGCUUCACUGCCGCCAUCGGGAUUUCUGAUAAAGGUGGGGGCUGGCAAUUGGCCCCCGCGGCUGCUGUCAGACAUGCCUUUGGUCAGAGUCUCCCCGGGUCCGAUGAGCUCGACUGCGGUCAUUGGCGCCUGCGAGCGGCGCGGCAGUGGCAAGCAGCGAUACAUCUGCUUGCGAAGGUGCCAGGAGCCGAUGUGCUCAGUUUCAACGUUGCUCUCGGCGCCUGCCGCGAUGCCCUGCGCUGGGAGGUGGCGCUGGCGCUCUUCUCCAAUAUGCCAGAGGCUCGGGCCACACCAGACGUUGUGACCUUUAACGCCUUGGUGAGCCAGUGUGGAGAAGGCCUCGAGUGGGAGAAGGCACUGUGCCUCUUCUCCCAAAUCUCCAAGUCCUCCUUGCAAAGGGAUACCGUCAGCUACAAUGCGGCCAUCAGCUCCUGUGGGGCGGCAUCCCAGUGGCAGGUGGCCCUGGCGCUGCUGUCGCAGAUGGCGGCCGCGAAGCUUCCGGUAGAUGAGGUUGGUUGCAGCUCUGCCAUCUCAGCUUGUGGAAGGGGCCAGGAGUGGCAGAAGGCACUCCACCUGCUUCGAGAGGGCAUGCCGGCCGCACAUGUCCGGCCGAACGCGGUGAGUUUCAACGCUGCCAUCAACGCGUGCGGGUCCGCGGGACGCUGGGAGGAUGCAGUUCAGCUCCUUCGGCUCAUGGCCGGCGCUGCGUGCGCACCGGACAUGGUCGGGGUCAAUGCGGCCAUCAGCGCCUGCGAGAAGGGGCGCCAGUGGCAGGUUGCCCUUGCACUUCUCUCUGCGAUGCCCUCCAUGAGGCUCAUCCCCGACACGGUCAGCUUCAAUGCCGCCAUCAGCGCAUGCGAAAAGGUUGGACGGUGGCCGGUGGCGCUUGGCCUUCUGGUGGCCAUGACGGAGGCAAGAGCCUGGCCGGAUGAGAUAAGCUUUAGCUCCGCCAUCAGCGCCUGCGAGAAGGGCUUUCAGUGGCAGCUGGCUCUGCGGCUCCUUUCCGACAUGGCCCGUGUGGCGGUCCAACCGAAUGCCAUCAGCUUCAAUGCGGCCAUCAGCGCCUGCGAGAAGUGUUGGGAGUGGGAGACGGCAAUCCGUGUGCUCACCGAAAUGUGUGACAUGUCCUCGUCGGCGCUGGUGCCCGAUAGAGUCACCUUCAGCUCCACCAUCAGCGCCUGCCAGAAAGGCUUAGAGUGGCAGAGGGCGAUGUGCAUCUUUUGGGGAAUGCUUGAGGAGGAAGUUGUGCCGAACGAUGUGAGCUUCGGCGCGGCGAUCAGUGCCUGCGAGGCAUCGCUUCAGUGGCAGCUGGCCUUGCAGCUGCUGUCCAUCAUGCCCGAAUUCAGACUUGCACCCAACCACAUCACCUUCAACGCAACGAUCAGCGCCUGCGAGAAGGUGGGACUCUGGGAGCUGGCCUUCCAGCUUCUCAGAGACAUGCAAACCAUGCAGGUCACGCCGGAUGAAAUCAGCUUUAGUUCCGCCAUCAGCGCCUGUGAAAAGGGGGAAAGCUCCCUCCGAAAUGGCCGCCUGUAG